UUAUAUCCUCAGGGGGUUAUAAUUUGUUGAGUAUCACAGUAUCUUUAAGAAAAUAUUACUUUAAGUGAAUGUUAACAGAAACAGUUGCAUACUAAAGUGGUGAUUCAAUAAAAACAACACAAUUUGUUUGAAUAGUUGACAAAGUCGUUUACACCCAAUUGGAAGUACUAUUGACAAAACCUUUUAAGAGUUGAAAAAAAGCAAUUAGCCAGAGAGCCUUGUGAUCGAUAAACGUUAUAAGAACAUAUUUUAGCUUUUGGUGUUAUCCAGCCGAAGAGAUCAAUUACAUUUAAUAAACGGUUUAUAUUUGUUUUCAUUACAACUUUAUUUAAGGUCAAAUAUCGGUUGAAAUUUAAAGGAUAUUAUUGAACAUUUUAAACAAAAUGUGUUUAAAAGCUUUAUCGGGAAUAUUUCAAACAGAUUUACACUUCGACUGGUAUCAGACGAGUCAAUGGAGAUCCUACAGCGCACGGAUGGACGGGUCCGUCUGAAGCCCCUUCCGCUUUACGACAAGGAGAAAGUGGAGGUGUACCUGCAUCACACCCAGCGGGACGCCAUGUUCUCGUACAACCUUAGGGAGCUCGUCCUGCCUCCUAUAGAUGGAGACAAGGCGUUCUCUGUAACCAGGGACGACAGACUGGCCGAGCGGACUGGGAUCGGCUCUCGGAGCGCCCGGGUGCGUCGUGGGCGGAGAACGAGCAGGAAGCGUUCCAGCACCACGCCGAGUACCUCAAGCGCUUGUCCAAGCUCCGCGAGGAGCUGAUCAUGCAGGAGCAGAACAAUCUCGCGAACGCUUUGGAUCGACUGCGCAUGCGCUCU